UGGGGAAAUGUGUUUUACAAUCCUUGGCUGUCAUUUAGGCUAUGGAAACACUACUGUGGUAAAGAUAUGUCUCUAAUAAAAGUUCAUGUCGGGGUCUGAAUCUUUCCCACAAUUCAGUGCGCGUUCGGCGGCUUGUCACUUGACAUCGCACAGUCUUUUCAUUUAAAGGCUCUUUGGUUGUUCACACGUGGAGUGCUUAUUUCCUCUGCUAAUCUGAAGAACAUCAGGAUGGAGAGUGAGGACGUGGAGCGGCUGUUGAUCCAGUUUCAGGAUGAGAAUGGGGAGGUUCUGGGUUCACCUUUUGAUGUGCCUUUAGACAUUACUCCAGACAAACUACAACUUGUCUGCAAUGCUUUGCUUCAGAAGGAAGAGCCAGUACCUCUGGCGUUUUUUGUGCGUGGAGAAGCAGAAGUGGUGUCCACGCUUCGAUCUUGUGUUAAGGCUCUUGGAGUCGAGACGGAACAAGUUCUGCCGGUGGUGUACCAACCUGAGGCCGUGUUCAAGGUUAGGGCUGUGACCCGUUGUACCAGCACCUUACAGGGACACACCGAGGCUGUCAUUUCCACCGCUUUCAGCCCCACUGGCAAAUAUCUGGCCAGCGGUUCAGGUGACACCACAGUGCGAUUUUGGGACUUGACAACCGAGACUCCCCUCUACACCGCCAAAGGACACACACACUGGGUCCUGAGCAUCGCCUGGUCACCUGAUGGAAAGAAACUGGCCUCUGGGUGCAAAAACAGUCAGAUCUUUCUGUGGGAUCCAGCCACGGGCAAACAGAUUGGGAAGACCUUAACAGGACACACCAAGUGGAUCACUUGGCUCUGCUGGGAACCUCUUCAUCUUAACCCAGAGUGUCGCUACUUAGCUAGCAGCUCUAAGGACUGCUCUCUGCGCAUUUGGGACACAGUGCUGGGACGCUGUGAGAAGAUUUUGACCGGACACACUCAGUCGGUCACCUGUGUGAAGUGGGGAGGAGACGGACUCCUCUACACCUCCUCCCAGGACCGGACAAUCAAAGUGUGGAGAGCGAAAGACGGCAUCCAGUGCAGGACUCUGCAGGGUCACGCCCACUGGGUGAACACCCUCGCUCUCAGCACGGACUACGUCCUGCGAACUGGAGCUUUUGAGCCUGCACAUGCAACAAUAAACCCACAGGAUCUCACCGGAUCUUUGGACGAGUUGAAGGACAGAGCGUUGGAAAGAUACAAGAAAGUUAGAGGCUCAGCUCCAGAGCGCUUGGUUUCCGGCUCCGAUGAUUUCACGUUAUUCAUGUGGAAUCCUGCAGAGGAAAAGAAACCCGUGGCCCGGAUGACGGGCCACAGCGCUCUGGUCAAUGAAGUGCUCUUCUCCCCUGACACCAGACUGCUCGCCUCCGCCUCUUUUGAUAAAUCCAUCAAAAUCUGGGAUGGACGCACCGGGAAGUACUUGAUGUCGCUGCGUGGCCACGUGGGAUCUGUGUAUCAGGUAGCGUGGUCCGCAGACAGCAGGCUGCUGGUCAGCGGCAGCAGCGACAGCACACUCAAGGUGUGGGACGUUAAAACGGGGAAGCUCAACAUGGAUCUUCCAGGUCACGCUGAUGAGGUUUUUGCUGUGGACUGGAGUCCUGAUGGACAGAGAGUGGCCAGUGGUGGGAAAGAUAAAUGUCUCAGAAUAUGGAGAAGAUAGUCCUGUCACUUUUUUGCAACUUUUGCAGAAGAUUAUCCGUCUUGUGGUUUCAGUGCACCUGACAGCUGGGAUAAAGGGUGUCUCCAGACUGUAUCUAAUCCUCCAUUUGUCUGUUGAGGAACUCGAGUCUGGUCACAAGGCAAAUGUGGAGGUUUGGAUUGGUUUUACAGUGUAAGACUGAGAGGAAGCUAAAUACAUCCAGUCAGAUUACAGCACGAUCUGACAAAAAAACUGAUCAUUUGGAACUGUCUUGCAAAACUUUUUUAAACAGUGUUGCCAGGCUAAUUUUUUUGAACUAGUUCAAUAGAAUAUAAGGGGAUUUAUUAAUCAGCUGUACAUUUAAAGCCUUUCUUCUGAUCAAACCUCAUCAGAUGUGUACAGGAGGGAUCCUGUGAGCUGGUUAAAGGAACAGGUGGGAGUGGUAUUACCUUCUGUGGUUUUAAUUCCAGCAAUGCUUCUCCUGCUCCUUCAGCCUUUAAUCUCUUGUUCUGUGCUCAGCAAUGCUGUAACCUUCUUCAUUUUACUACCUGUGUGGUGAAACGCUUGUGCUGUUGUCAUAUUCCACAGUGAGGAAAAACUGUUACUGUCCCAGUUGUGUGAACUUCAAUGGGAUUACAGUUUAAAUAUAUUUUAUCCAAUUAAUGUUUAAUGAAGUAACGAAUUAAUGGAGAAAAAUCUAAGCCCAGGACCUAUAUAGGGUGAGGAAAGAGCGGUUUGUCCCAUACUUGAUGCCAUGUAAUUUAAAUUAAUAAUGCUGAAGUAACCAAAGUUUGAUCUUUACCUCGUGAGAUCUUAACUCAUUUUUAUACUGAUAAAAACUUUUCGUUUUGGUUGCAUCUUCUCACAAGCUACAGGAGUGGGAUAUCAGAUGAAAACUUGCAAAUCUGUUCAGUUAAGCUAUUCAAAUAAAGGUUUCCAUCUCAUAAAGAAUUUCUACUGAGCAACAUUUAUUUUUUACAAAUGUUUAGCUUUGCAGUCCUGUAAACACCCCAAACUGUCUUAUUUUUACAGUAGCUUUUUUUAGGGUUUGUGCAUCGUAUCCUCUAAAAUUCUGUAAUACAUUGUUCACAUUUGUGUUUAUUCAGUACAUUUCAAACAUGUUAUAUCAUUAUUUAGGCUUGUAUCUCAAAUAUGUAGCAUGUUCCUCAACAUGAUUACCUACUAGUCUAUUUGUAAUAAAAUACUGUAGAUUUCCAGUAA